AUGGCCCCUGCGCAAUCCUCGCAAGACAUGGUAUAUGGCUGGGUCUCUUCACCGAAUGUCCGCGGGACACGCGACAUUCUCAUCAGCAGCCUAAAACAUAUCCGAUUUCGACGGCACCGGUGGCUUCUCAACAAGUUUCGGUGGCAACUCUUUGCCAUCUUCUUCCCCGAGGUCCUCGUGGCCACCGCCGCCGAACAGUGGCUAUCCGCUCGGCAGUCCACUCGUACCUUCGCUCGACUCGGAUAUCCGCAGUGGACCAUUCGGCAUGCCUUCUUCGCCGACAUGGGAGGCAUCGUGGUCGCCCCACCCGACGCGGCCCCCUUUCCCGUCGAUAGCCAACAAAUCGCUUAUUUGGUCGAACGCAAGUACCUCGAGCUUCCCGACCUCUCGACCGAGGACAUCCGAUCGAUGAACAAGGCAGACGGCUUAGCUAGGCUGGUCACAAUGGCACAAAUGGCAUGGUACUGCUUGUCCUGCACGGCAAGGGGGGCGUCGGGUCUCGGGUUUUGCACCCUCGAGGCCACAACACUCGCCUACAUUCUCUGCACCACCCAUACCUUCUUUUUUUGGUACUACAAACCGCUCGAUCCGGAAGCUCAGCGGGUCUUCACAAUGCGCACCAGCAUUUUCGAUAUCUGUGGGGGUUCUGCUAAGGCCGUGCCGGAUCUCAUGCCGACGUACACGCACACGCCACUAGACUUCAUCAAGCCCCCGCCAGACCCCAAGAGCCUAAUCGCCCCUUUCUGGUUCGGCCUCUCCGCUGUUCUCCGGCCCUCGGGGGGGCGAGAAAUGAAGAAGGCCAAGACAGAACCUAGAGUGCAGACGCUUGCAAACAGCAGGCUCCUCUUCUUUGGCCUCCACAUUGGCUUCGCGUGGGUUUCCUCUUUCCCCUCCGACACGGAGUGGUUUCUUUGGAUGGGAUCCACGGCCGUUGACUUCGGCCUCAUCGCCAUUUACCUCCUCGCCAUCCCUGUAGGGACAUAUUUGACACCUUGGCUUGGGCGAGUCCUAUUCGGAGUCGAAGCGACGCAUUUCCUAGAGGUGGCCUCCGCGCUCCCCCCAUGGGCCAAGCCUUUGGUCCAUGCGCCGUUUGUUUUGGGAUAUAUUGUCGCGAGAGUAGCUGUGCUGGUCGAGUCGGUCCUCAGCCUACGGGCACUCCCAGAGUCUGUUUACCAAGAUGUCAACUGGACAAGUUUCUUGCCUCACGUUUGAUCGCAUCAUAACUCGCGUGGGACGAACAGCGUUAUAUUGGGCAUUGUUUAUCCACGCAUGGAUGAAUCAUUCAGCGCGGCAAAUUGCUGGACAUGGUUGC